AGCCGCUUGGCCAGGGACUUCGCCGUUCGUUAAUGGAGGCAUACCGUCCAUCGGCAAAAACUCCUUCCAAAACCCUAAGCCCUAAUCUCACCCCACCAUGAAAACCCUUACUUCACGAACUGUCUUUAUCUGCGCCACUUCUUCUUUUUCUUCUUCUUCUACUUAUUCAUGUCUUCCUUCUUCUUGCUGUGUUUUACUCCAUUCAAUCAACAAUGAAGUACUUCAGAGAAACAGAGGAGGAGCCUCUCAUUUUUCCUCGUAUUCAUCUGCAGGUUCCUCUUCUUCAUGGCGACACCACGACGAAGACAGCCGAAACGUGAGGAUCUCGGUUUGGUGGGAUUUCGAGAACUGUACUGUCCCUUCAGGGAUCAAUGUUUUCAGAGUAGCACAAAGAAUUACUUCUGCACUUAGAGCUAAUGGGCUCAAGGGGCCCGUUGCAAUUACCGCAUUUGGCGAUGUCUCGCAGUUAUCGAGGGCGAAACAAGAGGCGCUGUCUGCAACAGGAAUCUGUCUUAACCACAUCCCCCGGGGUGGGAAGAAUAGUGCCGAUAGGUCUCUUCUUGUUGAUCUUGUGUAUUGGGUGUCUCAGAAUCCUCCACCAGCACACCUUUUCUUGAUUUCAAGUGAUAGGGACUUUGCAAACAUUUUACACCGAUUAAGGAUGAACAACUAUAAUAUUUUGCUUGCAAGUGCAGAGUCUGCUCCAGGUGUUCUUUGCAGUGCUGCAAGUAUCAUGUGGCAUUGGGAUGUUCUUGUUAAAGGGGAAAAUCUUAUUGGUAAACAUUUCAACCAACCACCAGAUGGUCCCUAUGGUUCUUGGUAUGGACACUAUAAGGGGCCUCUGGAAGACCCCUUUCUAGAUAUGGAACAACCUGCUUGUUUGCAACCUGAAGAUUCACUGGAUCCAGGAACAGAUUCCAAAUCUCGCCCAGUUCCCAAGGCUUUUGUGAAUAGGAUUCGUCAAAUAUUGAGCAUGUACCCCAAAGGAAUUAGUAUUUCUGAUCUUCGUUCUGAGCUGGGCAAAAGUAAUGUGACCAUGGAUAAAGACUUCUUUGGACAUAAAAAAUUCUCUCGCUUGCUUUUAUCGAUGCCAACUGUCUUGAAGCUUCGGCCAGCUGGUGAUGGCCUCAUUUUGGUGCAUGGUGUCCGCCCAAAAGCUGCUGAAACUGUGGAAUCCAAUUCGAAAUUAUCUACUGUUCCAGAAACUAGUAAUGGAAGCCAGGACCAAACAGUUCCAGAAACUAGUAAUGGGGACCGGGAUGGCAUUGACAUUAUGGAAGUAAAUACUGGGGACAAUGCUGUGAGUGCAGAUUUGAAGGAGAAAUUGCCACUACCAACAUCUUCUCCAGUAAAACCAGAAGAGCCCCUUCAACCUGUCCAUAAAGAUAUUGAUGCUCUUCCAACUAUGUGCAAAUUGACUACUGCAGAGGGGCAAAUAUCUGAGAUGGGGUUUUUCCAAGGAAUAUGGAGAAAGUGGUUCAGAAAUAAAAAUGAUGCUCCUACAGAUGAGGAUAAUAGUAUAUCAGCAGAAUGUUCUGAUACAGUAGGCACCUCUGACAAGACAAAAUGCAGGGAAAAAUCUCCAGAGUCAACAAAUCAUAAUACCGACCAAUUAGAUUCCAUUUCAUCUUCCUCAAAUGCAAAAGAAUCAGCUAGUGGGGAGAGAAUUACUAGGAGUCCUGAAGAAAAUUGCAAUAAUCCCAGAUUAAGCAUGGGCAUCAUUAACCGAUUUGUGAAUUGGUGUAAGUUUUGGAGAACUAGCUUAAAUCCUGAUAAGGCAAAUGAACAUUGUUGUAAAGAAUUGAACCAAACAGAGAAUGAGAUUAUAAAUCAUGAGUUAUUCUCAAAGGAUUUCCUUUGGGAUGAUGUGGAAUUGUUCGUACAUUCACCCAAAGGAUCAGCUCUCAUUUCUCAAUCGAAGACCAGGGAACAAAUGGCAGAGUGGCUGCAGAAGGAAGGGCCAAUAGUUCUUAGUAGUCUCAGUACAAGUGAUCUCAUUUGCUUGGUUAAUUUGUUAAUCUCAGAGAAAAAAUGGAUUGGGGAACAUCCCUCCGAAACCUUUCCUUUUAGAAUCAUUGCCCCUGCUGGAAGGAAAGCAUCUCCCCGAAAAGGUUCUUGUUCAAAUGGCCUAAGUUCAAUCUUUUCAGAUAUUGCAUCUCAAGCGAGCUUGCAGAGACCAGAGCAUGAGAGUGGAAAGGCUAAGAAUACUGGAGCGGUUUUUGCCGAGAGCAAAAGAACUUCUGAGAAGUCCAGAACUGAGAUACUAACCAAUUGCCAGAAGCUUGUGGCUGAAAUUUUGGAGGAACAUCCAGAUGGAUUCAACAUGGGUUGCUUCAAGAAGCUGUUCUUGGAGAGGUAUGGUUAUGUUUUGGAUUAUCAAAUGCUUGGUUACCAAAAACUAGCAGCCCUGUUACAGAACAUGCCGGGGGUAAGGAUAGAAUCCACUUAUAUCCUUCCCGUAAGAAGCAUUUCACCUGAUUGCUUCUCGGAAUCCAUUGUUCCUUGUAGCCUAGAUAAUAGUGGAACUGGAAAAGCAGUUAAAUUGGACAGUGAAUUAUCUGGUUCAUCAAGGAAGGACAACGAUCGUGACUGUGUGUGGGAGGAGCUUGGACCAAUUAAGACAGGUUCUCAUGGAAAUGUCACAGUAUCUGGGUUGGAUAGGAAAGCAAACAAAGAACCCAUGGAGAUGGAGCCAGUUGAUGUUGAUGCCAAUUUUCUAUCGGAAGAGGAGUUUUCAGACAUGGAAAAAGAUAAUAAGCCCACUUCAUGUGUAACGGGACAAGUGAAGGCCAGGACAAAUGAGGAAGAGAGUUCCCUUUUGCAGAUUUUGGAUUCAUGGUACAGUAGCAAGGAUGAUGAUGGUAGGAAGCAUCAGUCACAGAAUGGUGACGAACUUGUGGAUUGUUCUAAAACUAGCUCAGUGACUUCGGGUUCAUCUGAGCUUGAGGUCAAGGGCACCCCAGUUGUGACAAACUGUGGGCACAAAUUAAGGCCUCUUAAGAAAUAUUCUUUUGUUUCUGAUCAAGUUGGGGAUGACAAAGAAAAGGUGAUUGAUAACAUAUUGGGUAGCUUGAAAAAAUCUACCGAGUCAAGGAUACGGGCAUGAAGGUCUCAGGAAAAGCUGAUACAGGUAAAUCGGGUUUUGGACUCCAAAACAAAAAGAUUCCCAGUGGUGUAGUAGUUCACGAUUGUACUAGUGUUCUUCCGAAUUUGGUUGAAAAGCAGGGAAAUUGAGAAAUUUGCUAUACUUUUGAGCCUCAGACUGUGAGACAGGCACUAUAUAAUCAAGACUUCAAGUUUGUUAUGUGGGUCCUUUUGUUUAAAAGGAUUACAAAUUUUGAAUCAAUCUUGGAGCACAAAGAAGGCUUAUUUUUUAUGAUCAUAAGAGGGUUCAAUUGAAUAACAGAAGCCGCUAAGAGUACUGUCAAAAUGAUGGGACCAAGAUGCUUCGAAUGGUGGGUGCAAUCCUUAUGCGCAUCUUCAUGAAUGACUGCUCUCUCGUUCUCUCUUGGUUAUUAAUAUCAUGCUGUAAAAUGUCUAUCUGCAUGGCCAGUUGGCCACAUAUUGGACGCCCUAAAUGUGGAGAAAACUGCAGGUCAUUUUAGGCUGGAGACGUACUCAAAAUGUAGAGACCCAAAUCUCUCCAUUUAUUUGUUGUUUCUUUGCUACUUUUUCUAUCUUAAUAGCAUGUUACCAUACACGAAGGAGAUCUGAGUUUCGAAAUUGCAUACUCUCCAUCCUUUGUACGAAAAAAAAGUGCACUAGUUUUGACAAUGCGGCUUUUGCUGGACAAUCGGGUUUUCUGAAUUCUGUUAGAAACUUAAUUCAUAUUCAUGUUUGCGAGUAAUUA